AUGUCUGCAUACCCGGUGGCCUACAAUGGUUCCGCCACGGGCACGGGCGGCGAUUCGUUGACGGAGGAUCUGAACAUCUACUAUAAUGCCGGCGAUAUCGCUUGGGUGGUUACUUCGUCCGCUCUCGUUCUGCUGAUGAUUCCGGGAGUUGGCUUCUUCUACUCCGGUCUCGCCCGUCGCAAGUCGGCCCUUUCUCUGAUAUGGCUUUCCAUCAUGUCUGUCGGCGUGGUCUCGUUCCAGUGGUUCUUCUGGGGUUAUUCACUGGCUUUCUCCCACACGGCUGGAAAGUUCAUUGGUGAUUUGCAGAACUUUGGUAUGAAGGAUGUCUUAGCCGCCCCGUCCGUCGGCAGCACCAAGGUCCCCGAUCUUCUGUUCGCCAUCUUCCAGGGCAUGUUCGCUGCUAUUACUGUCGCCCUUGCUGUCGGUGCUGUUGCGGAGCGUGGCCGCAUGCUGCCCUGCAUCGUCUUCAUGUUUAUCUGGACCACCGUUAUCUACGAUCCUAUUGCAUGCUGGACCUGGAAUGCGUCCGGUUGGGUCUUCAAGAUGGGGGGUCUCGACUUCGCGGGUGGUACUCCCGUUCACAUUGCCUCCGGUUCGGCUGCUCUGGCCUACUCGGUGAUGUUGGGCAAGCGUCGUGGACACGGCACCCACGAGCUCAACUACCGUCCCCACAACGUUACUCACGUUGUGAUUGGCACUGUCUUCCUCUGGGUUGGAUGGUUCGGCUUCAAUGCUGGCUCCGCCUUGUCGGCUAACCUGCGUGCUGUCAUGGCUGCCGUUGUGACCAACCUCGCUGCUUCGGUUGGUGGCGUGACCUGGUGCCUGCUCGACUACCGUCUGGAGCGCAAGUGGUCUACGGUCGGCUUCUGCUCGGGUGUCAUUGCUGGUCUGGUUGCCAUCACUCCUGGCUCCGGCUUUGUGACUCCCUGGGCUGCCUUCAUCUUCGGUGUUGUAGGUGCCGUCGCCUGCAACUAUGCUACUAAGCUGAAGUUCCUGCUCCGUGUGGACGAUGCUCUGGAUAUCUUUGCUGUCCAUGCCGUCGGCGGCCUGGUUGGCAACCUCCUCACUGGCUUCUUUGCUGCUGACUACAUUGCUCACCUGGACGGCGUUACUGUGAUCCCCGGUGGCUGGAUCAACCACCACUGGAUUCAGCUCGGCUACCAGCUUGCUGACUCCGUCACUGGAUUUGCCUACUCCUUCGUCGGUACCUGCCUCAUCCUGUUCAUCCUGAACCUCAUCCCCGGUCUCAGCCUGCGCGCCCCCGAGGAGGACGAGAUCAUGGGUAUUGAUGAUGCCGAGAUUGGCGAGUUUGCUUACGACUACGUCGAGUUGACUCGCGACAUUGUUAACGGCGUGGAGAGCAGCGAGACCGGCUCCAAGCGUACCAUGACGCCGACCGGCGAUGCCCCCGCUGGCCUUGAAGAAGCCAAGGUCUGA